AUGGAUGAUGAGGACAGAAUUAAGAAUAUCUACCUUAGCUUGAAAAAUAAAAAUAAGAGGGAGUGGGCUGAGAUGAUGCAACAUUUAACGAAAGACCAGAAGAGGAGAUUAAUCUUUUACAUAAGGAAGAAAAAUAAAAAUUCCCUCAACAAAAUUAACAACAUUAAAGUUGAAAAAAGGACGGAAAAGGAUAUCCAAAAGGCUAAGGCUAAAAGUAGCAGUCACCACAGGCAGCAGAUUCUUAUUGAUUACUCCAAUGUAAAGUACGACCUAAAUUUAAAAAACUACAUUGCCAGAAUACUCCGCAUUUACAAAUUGGAGGACAAUUUCGACUUCGUCAAAGGUCUUCAUCUCUACAUGAACAUCCUCUGUCAUGUCAUUUUUAAAAAAUUUUCAUUCGAAUAUAAUAGAAGGGACUCGAAAAAUAAAAACCUCCUAAUAUUCCUGAGGAAUCUCUUCCCCUUUGAGUUCAAAAAUUUCCAAGACAUAUAUAACAUGAGAUGGAACAAAGAUUUUAGUACCUCUGAAAAUGCCCUCACUGUAGUGAACUCGGGAAGUACAAUCAACGCAGGAGGUGGAAAUGCCACGAUGAGUGACGUGGGGGCACCAUAUGGGAGACCCGGACAAGUGCAUCACCCAUGGGAUGAUGAGAACAACGUGAAUCCUUCCCAGAUGGGUAACCAAAAAAAGGGCACACAAUCUGAUAAAUGGGCUAACACCGAUCCGUUGCGUACACACAGCUCUAGUUAUGCCGGCAUGGAUGGUGAGGCACAGCAUAAUGGAACUCCCGCCAGUUCCUUGGAGUGCUCGCUGCCAAGUGUGGGUUGCGCACCCCAUGUGGAAAGUCCCAAAAGUGGAGCCACCGCCAAUGGGCCCACAGCCAGUGAAGCGGCCCCCAAUGAUGUCGCCACCAAUGAAACCGCCACCAAUAAAAUCGCCGCCAACCCAUCUGCGGCCCACCCCAACGUAUUAGUCAAAACGGAGCCGGAAGACCCCGAUUACGACAAGGGCAGCGCGAACGAAGAGAAGGCAACAAAACCAGCAGAGGUGGAAGACUACCUAAAUAAAAACGUUAAGAGAGAACACCCAGUUUACCAAUUCUGCAGAGACAGAGACAUGAACCAAAUUUUAAAAAACCUUUAUGAUGAAAGAAGGUUCGAUUAUAGAAUUCGAUUCAGGAGCCUCCUGUCCAGAAGGUUAAAUCACAAGGAGUAUGAAAAAUAUUGUGACAUGAGGGAGAAAUUAUUUAAGUAUAAGAAAAAAAACUUUAUUAAAUGGCUAGCUCAGUUUACGAAUAUUAACACGCUGGACCUUUACAUUGUAAAUUUUUUCAUUUUUCUCUUCCUCGAUCGAUUAUACCUAAUUCUUGAAACAUACAUCCGACUCAACUACAACUGCACAGUGGCAUCUGCUUCAUCGAGUGGAUAUAUGUUCAACCGUGUUGAUGAUUUUCUAGACUUCACGCACUUGUUGGAUAGUCUAACUUGUGUGUCUCCUUGCGGGGGGGAAGCAGUCCAAGGGAGCCCCUAUCCAGGUGCAAACGAGGAGACGGCAGGAAAAUACGACGUAGAAAUGCUCAGCGAGGAGUACGAUAACAUUGUGAAGGAGAACCCUCAACAUUUCUUCCUCUCUCUUGAUUUGAUCUACGACCUAGACAUACAUAACUUUAAGAUAAAAAAUAAAAUCUCCUUUGAGAGGCUAAUCAGGGUGGAUAUCUCCUCCUACAUCAAUGAAACGAAUAUUUACGGCCUGAUUCAAUUCGACGAAAAGAAAAGCGAGAGUGCCUGGAAGGCCCUGACGCGUUUCACACUCAUGCAGAACAGGAACCUAAAGCUGCCCAAAUUCAACUGCUUCUCCAUUUUCCUAAUUGUCCGAUUCAAGUACUACCUAGACGAGUUUAAGCAGUAUGCCAACAUCGACUACAUUUACAAAACAGUAGAGGAGGAAUACAACCAAGUGGAGAAAUAUUUGACAGAUAAAAAUAACAGUCAGGGGGAAGGAGGCAUCCACGUGACUCCCCAACAUUGUGCAAAUGAUGAGAUCAGUUCUGCAGCUGCUACAGGUGACCCCGGUAGCGAUAAAGAAUUUGAAUAUAGCCAUUUGAUUCCCUUGUACCUGGACCUCCACAAGGAGUUGAAAAGGGUCAAUGAGUACAUACGAUUUUAUGGGAACCUCCUGUCUUUUGUAAACUUCAUCGAGAAAUAUGCAAACUGCAGCCCCUCCAAGAAUAUCGUGAAAAUAGAACAGGAGGAGGAGAAGAAGGUGGAUUACUUCGACCACUCUUUCUUCCUUACUUCUCAUUUGAGGGACAGGCUGAAGAAGGAGUAG